AUGCCACCUAGAAAUCCUGGAAUUCAUACAGCGACGUACUCUGGCGUGGAAGUGUACGAAUGCCUGAUUAAAGGAGUCUCAGUGAUGCGACGACGGCAUGAUUCCUGGCUGAACGCGACUCAAAUCCUCAAAGUCGCGGAUUUUGACAAACCCCAACGUACUCGAAUUCUCGAAAAAGAGGUCCAAAAGGGCCAUCACGAGAAAGUACAGGGCGGUUAUGGAAAGUAUCAAGGUACCUGGGUACCGUUUAAACGCGGUUUGGAGCUUGCUGUCCAAUUUAAGGUUGACGCUGUAAUGAGUCCUAUCUUGGAAUUCGACGUGAAUGGUGAAGAACCACCUGCUUUAAAACGUUCUUCGUCACAAAAGUCGCGUUCUACUCCGGGUAGAACGCGUCAGAGAAAGAAUGGAAACCAUACUUCUAAUGGAAAUCUCGGCCGGAAUUCGUCGACUGCAUCCUCGUCCGAAUCAAUUGCAAAAGAGGAAUCCAACAUCGUUUCUUCUUACAAAAAACUUCCUAAUGGUGCGAAACCGAGUGCUGGUCCCGUUAGUGCCAUCGCAGCUGGCGACGACGACCGACGUCUAUCGAGUUCUUCCAUUGGGCGUGCACAGUCGUCUCCUAAAUAUGCUUCUAACUCUUAUCACGACGUUACGUCUCAAAGUGCUGCUCUCGACACUCCGCUCGAUAAGUAUGAAGAAGCUCUCUUGGACUUCUUUCUUCACCCUGAAGAGUCUCAGAUUCCCGCUUUCCUUUACAACCCGCCUUCCGACUUUCAGGUGAACAGUGUAAUUGACGACGAUGGCCACACAUCCCUUCAUUGGGCGUGUUCAAUGGGUCAUGUCGAAAUGAUAAAGCUUCUGCUUCGGGCAAACGCCGACAUUGGCGUAUGUAACAGGCUGAACCAAACACCGCUGAUGCGAAGUGUCAUUUUUACCAACAACUACGACUGUAAGGCCUUUAACCAGGUUCUAGACAUGCUUCAAUCUACACUGUAUACGGUCGACGUAUACGGCCAGUCCGUGCUGCAUCAUAUCGCAUUGGCAACGGCAACGCCUUCAAAGCUUCGAGCUGCGCAAUACUACUUGGAUUGUGUCCUCGAAAAGUUAACUUCCAUGCAAUCAGUGAACAAUGUUUUGCGGCUUAUCAAUUUACAAGAUACAAAUGGAGACACUGCCAUCUUAAUAUGUGCACGUAAUGGCGCUGUCUCCUGUGUCAAUGCGCUUUUAAGCUACAAUGCAAACCCCAAUUUAUUAAACCGACAGCAGCACAGUGCUGCAGAGUUCAUCGCGGAACUGGAAAAGAAAACCGAUAACAACGUCGCUCCGCCUUGUUCAAGCUCACCCCCUUCUCGUCCCUUUACCUUUUCCGCACCCAGUAUAAAUAACACCUUCGGCACGUCUCAAGCCUUUGGCAAGGCAAUUCCCUCCAUCUCUGCUAAGUUUGCUCAGCUCGCGGAGACUUAUAACGCUCAAUUGCUUGAAAAAGAUGAGGAUCUCGUUCGAGCCACAAAAUUAAAACAAGAAACGCAGCGAGAGCUUGAACAGACGCAACGGGAGUUGGAAUCGCUCCGAAAAAAUGUUCCAAACUUUGGCGUCCUCAUUGAACGUGAAAUUGAUGAUGUAAAAAACAGAUGUGCAAAGGAAAAGCAAAACCUUGUUAUGCUUUUGGAAAGUCGCCAGGCCGUUUUGUUAAAGGAAACAUUAGACGUUCAACCACGGUUACAGAGUGCCAAUGGAAACACUGAACAAGAUCCACAACAUGUUGAAGUUUUACGAGAACGGCUAAGAAUGCUCCAGCGUAAUAGAAGUAACUUGACACUUUCUAUGAUAAAACUUUAUGAAGGACUCGGUAUUGACGACACGGUGAACAGUUACAGACGCCUGAUUGCUACUAGCUGUGGCAUGAAUGUAGAGGAGCUCGACUUGACGAUCCUCGAUGCCGUUGAAGAAGCACUAACACAAGAAACGAAGGGCUAG